AUGGGCCAGAGGCACAACCGGCGUCGCACCCGUCCGCGCUCUCGAAACCGCAGCAGCAGCAUCACCAACAACAACAACAAUAAUCACCCCAACCUUAUCGAAGCUUUCUCCCGACCUCUCAAUCCAGUCCUACCUUCGGCGGCCUUCGACUACCAUGAAACCCCCGCCCCAACCUGGCACUAUGGGGAUCUCACAUGGCAGACUCGACAUCGCACGAUGAGGCUGGAAACUCCCAACAUAGAGGCAGAGCAGUGUCGACUUUUUGGUGGUGAACCCGGUGACGAUGUGGGCCUUUGCUAUCGGAUGAUGGAGUAUUUCGGUGGACUUGAUUACAUCGACUGUCCCCAGUCUCUGAACGCACUACCUGGAUGA